CCCAUAUCUGGUCUCCAUUGUAAACAAAAAUGCUUGAACCUGCUUAUCUUGUCGCCUGAAAUAAAUUAUUUUUAUGAUUUUAUGUGAUGGGCAAUGCAAAUGGUCCGGCCAGAGCAGCUGCUUCUAACCCUGCACAGCAAGGUGGACACAGAGGGGCUCGGCAGACAGACGACUAUGCCUAUGCCACAUUUUCAACAAGACAGCGGCAAGCAUUGCAAAGACGCUACCAGACUUAUGACCGCCAUGAAAAUCAGGGAAUUCCUUUAGACGUUUGUCUGGCCAUGCCAGAGUUUGCUGGAAACAAACUCAUCACCAUCCUCAUCCAUGACUACCUGGACCCCAACACGGGACGCCUGCAUCUACAAGAUUUCAUCAAAUUCUGUCUGUUUUUAAGUCCAUACACAAGUCCCGAAGAGAAAAAGAAAGCACUAUUUGAGUCCUUCAAUGUGUACGGAACCGACACUUUCACACAUGACGAGAUCUUCCGACUGUACAAGGUUCUCCUUGGACACGUGGUCAGCGACGAUCACAUCCUGGCCUUAACCUUCCAGACAUUACGACAUCCCAGCUUGAGAAAACAAGGACAGAUAACCAAGGACGAAUUCUUUAAAAUGAUUCCGGACACAGAGAUGGAAGAGAAACUGACGGUGUGCUUCAACAUUCCAGCUAGUUAGCCAGUUUGAGUUUGAGUGAAGAGAAGCACAUAGACACACUAACAAUAAUUAAUUUUAAGGUAGGAGAAAAGCAAGAUGAAUAGAUGGAUACCAGUACUACUAAAGGAAAAAA